CAACACUGAUUCAGUAAUUGACAGUGUAAAUUUUGGCCUCCAAUUUGAAAAAUCUAGACUACCUUACAAACUCAUUUUAAUGAAUUAUUUAAAAAUUUCGGUUUUUAACGCGUUUUUCAUCAAUCGUUGCGUACCAAAUUCUAAAAUAAAACAUUUUCAAUUCAAUCGAUAAUCUGUACCCCACCAAUCUCAUCAGACGUAGCGCCCUCUAUUUCCGUAACCGUUCCUUUCGCGUACUUUUGCUUGCGUUGUGUUGUGAUUCGGAUGGGUGGUGUUCGCGUUAUUCUAUCAAAACACUAAGAAAAUAACCCGUUAAUAUAAGUUAUUAAUUCACCCAGUUGUUCAAAAACACCACUUUUAUUCAGGGUGUCGUUUCACAUAAGCUCCGACCAUGGCGUCGGAACAAUUUUCACUAUGCUGGGACAACUUCCACAAGAACAUGAGUUCAGGGAUGAACUCGCUGCUAGAGAGCGAAGACUUAGUCGAUGUGACGUUAGCCGUGCAAGGAAAGUGCCUGAAAGCACACAAGAUGGUGCUGAGUGUGUGUAGUCCCUAUUUCAAAGAACUCUUUAAGUCCAAUCCGUGUCAGCACCCGAUAGUGUUUAUGAAGGACGUUUCGUACGAAGCGCUUAGUGACCUUUUGCAAUUCAUGUACCAAGGAGAGGUGCAAGUUAGUCAGGAGAAUUUAACCACGUUUAUUAAGACUGCCGAGGCCCUUCAGAUUAAGGGACUCACCGCCGACGGCAACGGUUCUGCCGAGAAUGAGACUUCCGAAACCCACGAAAAACCUCAACGGCAUGUGGAAGAGUACAAACCCAUGCCAAGGCCAAAGAAACAACCCGCACCCGCAGUAGCACCAUCACCUUCAAUCAAAAGGCAGAGGCUGUCGUCUGACAACCAGUCGACAGCGUCAAUCGCGUCGACGCCGAUAACGAAGCAGGAGCCUAGCGCGAGUGCUUCAGUCGGUUCGACGUCCCUGUCUCAACCCGAACAGGUUCAUUUUAAAAUGGAACCUUACGAUCAAGGUAGCGGGAUAUUGGACGAGACGGGAGACGAGACGUUCGGCGACGACACCUUAGACUCUGGAGAACUGAAGCCUCAAAUGAAGGAUGCUCACAUGAUGGUAAAAAGGGAAGGUAGAGAAAAAUCGAGGACUCAGAGAAGAAGAUGUAAAUCCUGCGCUGCCCAAGGUAAACGUACAGAAACAUUAUACGAGUGCCGAGACUGUCCAGGUACUCCAGGGUACUGCUUGAAUUGUUGCACUAUCUACCAUAUGUAAAGUGAGACGACACGGCUGUGGAUGAUACGGAGGACUAUUCGAUGAUGGAAAGCGGCGUUGGUGAAAGCGAAGGCGGGGAACCGCAGGCUGGCACCAGCGGAACGGACGGCACGGGCGAAGGACAAGGUAGGUGGUUGAUGGGAUUCACACAUCAACAGCGGUGGUUUGGUUCUUGAAUUGACAAUUUUCUGCGAGAAAAAAAAUAAGAUGCAUAAUACUGGCUACAUUAACCCCCUCUAAAUUUUUUUUGACCUGAAAGAAAAAGUUGUAUAUAAAAGGUAUAGGAUCUUUUUAUGUAAUAUUUUUUUUGCAUAAAGGUGUUGUCG